GAAAUAUAUGUCUACACAGUCACACACAAGCAUGAUGGAAAAAAGAUAAUAUUGUUAUCAUAAAAUGCAUGUUAUGUGGGUGGCGUUGGUCUCAACUCAACCAAUGUAUCUCUCAUUUCCUUCAUCCCAACACUCGCCGUAAUAGCCGGCAAUUCAUGUGCUUUCUCCAGCUUUAUCUUUAUAUCUCAGCUUCCUCUCUCUCUUCUCUCUCUUUCUCUCUCUACCCAUAUCCUUUUUUUCAUCUCUAUAAUGGGGAAUUGUAUGAAAGGUUAUAGAAUGGUAAUCCAAAAUGAAGAAUAUGAAGGGAUGAGAUCAGUUUCUUCAUCCAAGUGUGAGGUAGUUAAGCCGUCCGAUGAUGGUGGGAAGAGAAAGAUGGUAAGGUUCAAGUUACGUGAAGAAAAUGGUGUUGAUCAUAGAGAAGGGAAUGUAGGUUCAAGAAGUGGUAAUGGAGUUGUGAGGGUUAGGGUUUUGUUGACACAAAAAGAGUUGAAUCAGAUUUUGAACAAUGAGUUCAACGACAACUCUGUGGAGCAAUUGCUACGUGCAAUGGAGUUGAGAAGCAGAAAAGUCUCCCGAGUUCGAACGUGUGAUGGAGAUAUCAAUGGAAGCUGGAGACCAGCUUUGGAGAGCAUCCCGGAGGACCAUUAAUGCCCAUGUGUGUGCUUUUUGUCAACACCGAUCUCUCUCUCACCGAGUUCUCCUCCCACAGAGGAUGUUAAGAGUUCGAGUCCGAAAUAUUGUAGGUGCUUGUGUUUGUUUGAACUUUUGAGAAAAAAUAGAUGUGUGUGUGGAUGCUUGAACUUUUGAGUUACUUCGAUCAUUAAACCAUGUACAAGCUUUAAUUUAGUAUUAAUGUGAAAGUCUAGAUGUAUAUUUUUCUGUAAUUAGUUCAUGUUGUGAAUUUAAUAAGCAUUGUAUCUUUUCCAAUAUUCAACUAUUAAUUUCGUAAUUAUUAUAAUUA